CAGUACUUUGCGUUAUGGCAAGAACCAAACAGACCGCUCGUAAGUCCACCGGUGGCAAAGCCCCGAGGAAGCAGCUGGCCACCAAGGCUGCUCGUAAAAGCGCCCCGGCCACCGGUGGCGUGAAGAAGCCUCACCGUUACAGGCCCGGCACUGUGGCUCUACGGGAGAUCCGUCGUUACCAGAAAUCGACAGAGUUACUGAUCCGUAAGUUGCCCUUCCAGCGCCUGGUGCGUGAGAUCGCUCAGGAUUUCAAGACCGACCUCCGUUUCCAGAGUUCUGCCGUCAUGGCCCUGCAGGAGGCUAGCGAGGCGUAUCUGGUGGGUCUGUUUGAGGAUACUAACCUGUGCGCCAUCCACGCCAAGAGAGUUACGAUCAUGCCCAAGGAUAUCCAGCUGGCCCGCCGUAUCCGCGGAGAGCGCGCUUAAAUGAAGUACAUCCGGGUUACCCGAAUUCAUACAAAAGGCUCUUUUAAGAGCCACUUAACUCUUUUAGCUUAAAAGAGCAAAUGUCCUAACAACACCCAAGUACUGUGACGUAGAAACAGCA